GCUGACUGCAUUGUCACCAUUUGAGCAACCCGCCAUGGCAAAGAGAUUGACGGAGACGUCUAUCGAAGCACAAAGUUGCAGCGGCAAUGCCUCCGAGCAAUUCAUGGCCGUGGUUUCGCAAGAGCUCCAGACGCUGCAGUCCGUGAUAGAGGAGGCAAGCACCCGCAUCAAUAAGAUUCAGUUGGAGAUUGCCAACACGGGCUAUUCGCCACGAGCUCACGUGAGCGGGCACAACUACUCAAUGUCCAAGCGGCUUCCGCAGCAUUCCAAUCCCGAUGUUCCGCCUGAAGAGGCAGCAACACGGCGCAUCAUCGAGGAAAGCUCAGAUAACACCAAUCUAUCCAGGCACCCCUUGGAGGCGAUUCAGAACAGCGGCAGUGUAGUGAGCAUCAAAGACAAGAGCAGCGAGCGCCCGCCAUUGAGGGUGACUGAAGACCCUGAUUUGCAAGGGAAGGAAGAUAUCACAGCCCAAUUUCACCGCAUUGAUGCGUCCAAGAACGACUUCAUAUCAGCGCAAGAGCUUUGUGCAAUAGCGAUGACCAAUGGCCAGCAGGUUGGUGUUAAGAGCGUGGUGAAUGCGCUCGAGUACCUGAACAGGAUCACUGCCAGUGUAGACGAGAGUGGUCAAGCGCAGGCAGAGAUGGACGUGAAGCUCUUCGUUUUGCUCCGUGCAGAAGAAGAGGCGAUUAUUGAGCAGGCGCCUCCAGACGUAGCUGCCACAUUGCGCAUCAUCAAGCGAGCGCUCGAAGACGAGUCUGAGCAUCACAUGUUCGAGACCAACAAGGCCAAGUUCAACCAGCGACAGCGAACUCAGCUCCUCAAAGAGGCGAUGGAUAUUGGCAUCGUGGUGGUCAUUGCGGUGAACGCGAUCGUGAUUGGCAUUAGCACCGACCAUCCAGAGAAUACGGGCCUAUGGGAGAUCCUGGAAAUCGUGUUCUUUGUCAUCUACUUAGCCGAGUUUCUUGUGAAGAACAUAUGGUGGGGAACUCCCGUUUACUUCAGCGGGCCCGAUCGAAAUUGGAAUUGGUUCGACUUUGCGUGCCUCAUCAUAUCAGCAGUGGAAUUGCUGGUGAAGGUCUUUUCCGGGGAGCAACAACGGGGUCAGAGCCAGCUCAACUUGCUGAAGGUGCUGCGACUUGCCCGACUUUUCCGCCUCGUGCGCAUCAUGCGAUUCAAAAUGUUCAAGGAGCUGAAGCUGAUGGCCAUGGGCCUACUCUCGGGGAUCCGCGCGCUGAUCUGGGCCAUCGUCUUGCUCAUGGUGGUGAUCUAUACCAUCAGCAUCAUCACCAAGUCCUUCUUCGGAGACACCCAUAUUGAAUUCAGCACAGUUGGCGCGGGAAUGUUCACCCUCUUCCGAUGCUUCACUGAAGCAUGUGAGACCUAUGAAGGAAAUCCAAUACCGGAGCUGCUCUAUGUGCAGUCGGAGCAUAGGUGGUUGUUCCAGCUCGGCUAUGUCCUCGUCACCAUGCUUGUCACUGUAGGCCUUUUCAACCUUAUCAUGGCUGUUUUCAUCGACAACGUGACCAAGUCCCAGAACCAGCGAAAGCAGAAAGAGCUCGGCGAGUCGGCCAUCGAGACCGAAGUGAAGCUCAAGAUGCUCCUGGCAAGGUUCAUCAACGAGCCUGCGGGCGACAAGCCAGCUUUGGCGAUGAUGGACCGUUUCUCGGAGGAUGUCACCAGCAAGCUAACCAACUUGACCGACAUUGCGAAGAAGCGGCAUCAGCUGGAGCAGAGAGUUUGCGCAGAUGAAGCGUUCAAGCUGCUGAAGGAGUGCAACAUCAACAUCACCCGGGGAGUCUUUCAAGCUUGGCUUCAAGAUGCCGAGUUUGUGCGGGUACUCGAGGAGGCGGAUGUUGACAUUUCGAACAAGUUUGAGUUGUUCAAUAUCCUCGACGUGGAUUUGGGAGGUGAGCUCUCCCCUCAUGAGUUGCUGACCGGGCUCUUGAGCCUGCGUGGCGAGGUGUCAAAGGGCGAUGUGAUCUACAUCCUCCUGCGUGUUCGUGACAUGACUCACCGCCUGGACCAAUUGCAGCAAGGUCUGCAGUCACUUGGCAGAGGUGGCUCACCAGGCUGGUAGGCGCUUUCCUCGGGCUGUUAGGGACCCGGCUAGGCGGGUUGCCUGAAACUGUUGCCGGUUUGCUGCGGAAGUGCGGUUGAGAGAAACACUCGCCUUCCAUGGCAAAAAAAAGAAGCACUGGGUGGCCAGUGCGGCUGCUGAUGUCAGCCUUGUUUGGCUGCAGCUAAUAAUGUCUUGCAGCAGACUUUGCUGAAGUCUCUACAAACUUUAAUCCGAGACUUGCGUCGAAUAUGCGAUCCUUCGCAGCUGAAAGGACUGCAAUGGCUGUCAGACUUCAAGCAUCAGCGCCCGGUAGUGGCA